CUCCUUCCUUCUGGACGGGGGCCCACAGGAACUAGGAGCAUAUAAGGGGCAGAGGAAGGACACCCAGGCUCCAGGAGACUUACCAGCCAGAGCCCUGAGCACCAACUAGAAGCCAUGCUGCUGUUGCUGAUCCUCGCCCUCCUAGGGAGCCCGGCCUGCUGGGCUGACUAUAUAUCUGAGAUGUACGGGUCCAGGAAGGGCACGUUUUUCUGUUCCUCUGAGUACAAUGGAGAAGCCGUCAAGGGAAUUCGGGUGUCUACAAAUGGCCUUGGCAUCAUUUUAAACAUCCAGUUGCAGCUUGGAGACUUCUGGGAUGCUGUCCAAGGCAUUCCAGGUGGGAGGUCUCAGGAACUGAUUCUGGGCCCGAACGAAUACAUCACAGAGAUCCACGGCACAUUCUUACUCAACCUCAAGCAACUGAUUGUGUGCACCAGCCGGCCACGUUGUGCCUCGUUUGGGAAGAGAGUUGGCCAGGAGUUCUCGGGCUUCCCCAAAGAAGAAGGCGAGGUGCUCAAGGGCAUCUGUGGUGUACAUGGUGUCUUUGGCAUCAGGGGCAUUUCCCUUAAGUGGGGUCAGGCACCAACAAUGUUAGAUACACAAGGAUCCGGCUACCCUGAUUGGAUCCCUGCGGAUGCACAGAGUCAGUAUGGACCUGAAAAGUAA